GCCCAGAGAAAAGUUUCCUGGACCCCAGAACCUGUGGACGCGUAGGUGACAGCAGCCCCGAGGGUCGCCCAAGUCGGAAGCACCAUGGAGGAGCCCCCUGUGCGGGGGGAGGAGGAAGACGGAGAGGAUGAAGAGGGCGCUCUGGCCAAGAGCCCCCUGCAGCUGACCACCGACGACGUGUACGACAUCUCCUACGUGGUGGGCCGCGAGCUGAUGGCCCUGGGCAGCGACCCCCGAGUCACCAGGCUGCAAUUCAAGAUCGUGCGUGUGAUGGAGAUGCUGGAGGCGCUGGUGACCGAGGGCAGCCUGGCGGUCGAGGAGCUGAGGAUGGAGAGAGACAACCUCAGGCAGGAGGUGGAGGGGCUGCGGAGAGCCAGUGCUUCAGGAGCCCAGGUGAACUUGGGACCAGACAAAAUGGUAGUGGAUCUGACAGACCCCAAUCGCCCCCGCUUCACUCUGCAGGAGCUGCGGGACGUGCUGCAGGAGCGCAACAAGCUCAAGGCACAGCUGCUGCUGGUGCAGGAGGAACUGCAGUGCUACAGGAGUGGUCUUCUUCCACCUACAGAAACUCCAGGAGGAAGAAGGGAGAAGGAUGCUGUAGUUACCGUGGGCAACGGUGAGAAGGAGGAGAGGACCAUCAUGAAGAAGCUGUUCUUCUUCCGGUCAGGGAAGCACACCUAGAUUGAAAGCCACCACUAAGGUGCUGACCGUCUGACUUGAUAAUUGCCAAGAUGCCUUCUGGAACCAUCCUUCUGUGCCAUGUAUGUACUUUGGGCCCGCUCACUCAUCUACCCCUCAGAGCAGUCACAGGAAGAUGUUCACACAGCUUACCUGUUCCCUGGGGUCAGAAACUGGAGAGCCACCAAGCUUUGGCCAGGGCAGGCAGAGCGAGGGAAGAGAGUAUGGCCAUAUCCUGCCUCUACACAUGGACAGAGGCCUCUGGCCUGCAGCCUGCUCAAUGAUAAUCCAGUCAUUAACAUGUGGCAGGGAAAAAAUGGAAUUAACUUCACUGAUAUUUGGUGAAUACUUGAUUUUUCUCAUACAACUUUACAUGAAUUUUGUAUUAAAGCAGAAUGACCUUUAUAG